CCCCAGGCCAAGACUCACAGCAACAUCUUCCUCCCGGAGUCGGGGGGGGGGGACCGGGGAUGUCCCCUCGCUGAGGACAACGCCGUCCCCUCCCACCCGCUGCCGCCCCCCCCCACAGCCGGGGGGUGACCGAGGAGGACAGCAGCCACCGGGCGCCCCGAUCCCGCGCGAUGUCGGCGAAGUGGAGGGUACUGGGCAAGGCCGGCCAAAAAAAAAUGAUUAACUGAAACCAAAGUUAUAUAAAUCCCGGCUUUCUAACGGUAAAAUCCUUCCCUGGGAGAGCGUUAAGGCCAAAGGAUUGUUACAAUCCCUUUGUCGAGGACAGACAGACAGACCCAAGAUGGCUCAGGCGAGCCUGCUGGCGUGCGAGGGGCUCUCCGGCGUCUGCCUGGUGCCCACGGUGGCCAGCAAGAAGAUGAUGCCGAAGCAGAGCUCAAAGCAGGCGGAGGGCAGGGAAAGGGGCAGCAGCCCCGACGUGCUGGCACUGCGUCAGGAUGGGGAGAAAUCCCGCAGCCGAAAGGAGGAGGAGACGGCGGAGGCAUCGCAGCCCAAAAAGUCCAUUAAGAAGGCAG